GGAACCGCCAUGGCGGGGGACGGCCCCAGCGCCCUCCCGGUGCAGCUGGUGGAGCAGCCCAGAUUGCAGAAACUGAAGGAGAUGUUUAUAUCAAAGUUUGGAUCAGCUCCCAAAUUUUAUGCUCGUGCACCAGGACGAGUCAACUUAAUAGGAGAACACAUAGACUACUGUGGUUAUGCUGUGCUCCCAAUGGCUAUAGAACAAGAUAUCCUGAUUGCAGUGGAACCUGUACAAACUCAAGUUGUACAACUGGCAAAUACAAAUUCUUCAUACUUGGAUUUCAGUACUAGUGUUAAUAACAUUCAGAUUAACAAAACCAAACCUCAGUGGCAUAACUACUUCCUCUGUGGACUGAAGGGUAUUCAGGAACAUUUUGGUCUUAAUAACCCAACUGGAAUGAAUUGUCUGCUAGACGGAACCAUCCCUCCAAGUUCUGGUCUCUCUAGCUCCAGUGCUUUGGUGUGCUGUGCAGGACUCGUGACACUCAGAGCUAAUGGAAAAACCCUCUCUAAGGUGGAACUCGCAGAAAUUUGCACAAAGAGUGAACGUUACAUUGGCACAGAAGGUGGAGGAAUGGAUCAGUCAAUCUCUUUUCUGGCAGAAGAAGGAACUGCCAAGUUGAUAGAGUUCAGUCCACUGAGGGCAACUGAUGUUAGACUUCCAAGUGGAGCAACGUUUGUUAUUGCUAACAGUUGUGUUGAAAUGAAUAAAGCAGCAACUUCUCAUUACAAUAUUAGGGUAAUGGAGUGUCGGCUGGCUACAAAGCUUCUCUCGAAGUCAAAAGGCUUGGAGUGGAGAAAAAUGUUGAGACUCCAUGAUGUGCAAACCAAGCUAGGAGUUAGCCUAGAGGAAAUGCUGACCAUUGUCGAGGAGGUAUUACAUCCUGAGCCUUACAGCACAGAGGAAAUUUGUAAAUGCCUGGGAAUUAGCCUGGAGGAGCUCCACUCUCAGAUCCUUAGUCAAAACAUGCAAGAUGUUUCCACCUUUAAGUUAUACCAGCGUGCAAAGCAUGUGUACAGUGAGGCUGCCAGAGUGCUGGAAUUUCAGAAGAUUUGCAGUGAAGCACCUGUCAAUGCUCUCCAGCUGCUGGGAGAAUUAAUGAAGCAGAGCCAUAUCAGCUGCAGGGAGAUGUAUGAGUGCAGCUGUCCUGAGCUGGAUCGCCUGGUCGACAUCUGCCUAUUUUGCUUUUGGACUGACUCAUCGUCACAAGUGUUACGUUAGACUGUCGGCUACUCUUUUUUAAACAAGAUGGAAUGGCCUCUGAGGCAGAAAGCUACAAACCUAAAAACUGAACAGAAGACUUCUGGACAUUGACAGAUUAUUUUGCAUGUGGGAUACAUGUGCUAUUUUGUGCUAAAACACAAAGCAGCCUGAUAGCCACUGGACAGACUGAUAGCAACUGAGAAGAACAAGUUUUGAUUUGUCUCUUGGGACCUAGUCCAGGGUGGAACUCCCAGCUUUAUUCAGUUUAUUGUAUCACAUCAUACAAUAAGCUGUGACAGUCACUCAGCAGGGCAGUUCCACCAGAGUUAUCCCAGCUGCUCAAAGGGAACCACUGCUCCAUGUGUGACAGGGGAUCACUAUCUCCAGGGUCAGCUGAAGACAGAAACUGAACUCUACUGAAUUAUCAAAGAUCUUGGGCAACAAAGUCUUGAUCCCAUGCAAGGCAUCAGCACUGCCUGUUCUGAGGCACCACUGGCAGGGCCAGAGCCUUAAAUUAACAUCUGCAUUGCUUUAGGUACAGUGACUGCCCAGGGCUGGUGCCUCAACCAGUGGCAGCCAAUGACUGCACUUGGCAGACCUGAGGACCCCAUUCUGACAGGGCGUGUUCUCUGAAAAGCUGUGAGGAAACUGUCCUGCCCUGAGCAGGGGAAGACAAGCAGGUUAAACCUGGCCAGAUGUUCUGUGCAGCAUGGAGUUUCCUGUGCCACAUUCCAAUAAACCAGCAAGGAUGGCAGUGACAGCCUCUUGCCGCAGGAAGCUCAGCACAGGAAUGGAAAUUGUGAUCCCCAUUUGUGCUAAGCUCUGUGCUUCCAUGGUGACACAGCUCCAGCCAGCUCAGGCAGGGGGACACUGGCUGCCAAGCAGGAGCACAGCCAGAGCACCAAAAAGAAAGCAGCAGUUAGGAUUUUUCUAAGUUAAUUUAAAAUUCAUGGGAGCAUUUCAGUUCCAGGGAACAAUAUAUAAGUAGUAAAGGAAAAAAGUGAUGUGUGUGCCCACGUUACAUCAGAUUUCUGAUUUACUGGCAGAAGAACCCACAGCAUAUGAUGGGCAGAGCUAAGCACCACAUGGAAU